AUGGCGUCGCGUCCUCCGUCCUCACAAGAAGUGCGGGAGUUCCCACGCGCGAACUCCCACGCAGUUCCACCUCGCCAAUUCCGGAUUAAUGGCUCGAACGUCCUGCGGAAAUGGUGGAGAUUUUGCGAACAGAGUAGACGACUUCCUUAUGAAUCGGAUCAAAGGCCAGAAAAGAAUGUGAUGGUAUCUCGAAGCAAUGAAGAGCUUAUCAAAAGCACAAAGAGGAAAGUUACUGCGGAGAGUCUCGGGGGAAAUGUGGAAAAGCAGAACAGGAUAUAUAACGGAAAUUUUGGAGGAGCCCCUCCUGUCCGGCCCUUGACAGCAUAUGGAUGUCCACGAGCAACUAAACUAGCUAAAGCCUCCCGCGAGAUCACGGCAGAACACACGCCAGUCACCCCUGAGACACGACGGAGGCGGGAUGUGCAGUUCUCUCCUCUGAUGGAGCUGGUGCCUCUGGACGUGCUGUGGUGCCAGUGCCAGGGCAACGCCAGCGCCACGCCGCACCUGCACCAGAUCCACAACAAGGUGGCGCAGAUGCACGCGGACGCCGCCCACCACGCCCUCUGCUACGUCGGCGUGGUCCUCGCCCUGUACCUGCUCGGCCUCGCCAUCAUCAUCCGCCGCUCGGGGCGCUCCGAGCGGCAGACGGCGGCGUCGGCGGUCUCGUCGUGCUUCUGCGGGGCCUUCUCCUCAAUCGUCCGCUUCGCGUCCUCCGUCGGGAGGCAAAGGGCGCGGCCGGACCUUCAGCAACAACAGCAGCAGCAUGUGAAGACCACGAUAUCUCUGCCGCCGGAGCCCCUUCAACAGAUGCCAGGGGCGCCGCCCCCCGGCAUCCUCAGGCCAACUAAGCCUCCGUCGUUGCAGGUGCACCUCCUGGUUCCCGACGACGACGACGAGAUGGAGAUCUCCAUGAUCACCUCCGUGGCCUAGGGAGUGCGGGGGGGGGGGGGGGGGGGGUCGCGCGCUUUGGACUGCGCUCCGCUGUUCGUGAUGUAGUUGGUAGAGAGAACUUUGGUAGCGAGCACGUAGACACUGAAUUACACCGUCCUUCGCUAACUUCUUGGUGUCAGAUUUGACGUGGAAUGAAAAAAUGGUUCAAUAAUUGAUAAUUAUGUGGCCAAUGUAAGUGGAGAAUCAAGAAUAUUGAAAUGUACAUAAUGAAAGGAUUCUGAAAUAAACAAGAAAUUAGUAUUUUAUGGUAAAAUUAUUUGGAAUUUCAUAGAGUAAAAUAAAGAUUGUUAAAAAUG